CUGUAUCUCCAAGCAAAAUCUAGAGUUGCGCCUUCUCAAUUUGAUCUCAUUGUUCUCUCCCUUAACACUCUCAUGGCUGCAAGAGCGCAGCAGGCAAAGAAGACUGUAACUUGUAACCUCAUCCUCCUCUCUCUCUUCUUCUCCACUUCCCUCUAUAUCAUCUUGGCUCGUGGCAGAAAUGCCUAUCAUCUUCGCCAUCCUCUCCUUCAACCCAUCCAGCAGUUCUGCAACUUCUCAGAUGGCUCAUGGCUUUAUGAUAAGGGGGCAAAGCCACGCUAUGACCACACCUGCAAAGAGAUAUUCAAAGGCUGGAACUGCAUCUUUAAUGGAAAACCUAAUGUUGAAGAGAUUUUCAAAUGGAAAUGGCAGCCUAGGGAGUGUGAUCUUCCCCGAUUUGAUCCAGCUCAAUUUCUCGAGCGAUUCAGACACACCAAAAUCGGAUUUGUGGGAGACUCUUUGAACAGGAAUAUGUUUGUGUCACUUGUGUGCACUCUGAAGAAGGCAUCAAACGAAGUAAAAAAAUGGCGGCCUGCUGGUGCUGAUCGCGGCCAUACAUUUCUUCUUUAUAACCUUACAAUAGCAUAUCAUAGAACCAAUCUCUUGGUUCGUUAUGGAAGUUGGUCAGCAAGUGACAAAGAUGGCAUCUUGGAAUCACUUGGUUACAAGCAUGGUUUUAGAGUGGAUAUUGAUGUUCCUGAUCUAUCUUGGAUAGAAGCUCCAAGCUACCACGACAUUCUUAUCAUGAAUACUGGCCACUGGUGGUGGGCACCUGCUAAAUUUGAUCCAAUUCACUCUCCAAUGAUCUUUUUUGAUAAAGGCUUACCUGUGAUACCUCCCCUUUCCCCUUCUCUUGGCCUGGAUAUGGUUUUGAAGAAUAUGAUAAUGUUUGUGGAGAACAAAAUGGCACUCAACGCCAUCAAAUAUUUCCGUACACAAUCCCCAAGACAUUUUGAAGGGGGUGACUGGAAUGAAGGUGGUUCUUGUCAACGUAAUAGACCUUUAUCGCAGGGGCAGGUGGAGCAAUUGUUUUCAUUGGAGAGAAACAGAACAAAUGUUGAGGCUCGAUUGGUGAACCAGCAUUUGUACAAGGCCAUAGAGGGGACAAGUUUUCGCAUUCUCGAUAUAAGCCGUAUGAGUGAAUUCAGGGCAGAUGCCCACCCAUCGAGCUCUGGUGGGAAAAAGCACGAGGACUGCAUGCACUGGUGCUUACCAGGAUUGACAGAUUUUUGGAAUGAUUUGCUUGUAGUUAAUCUUAUUACAAAUUGACAUUGGAUUCUUUUAUUAUUUGCAAAAUUUUAUUCUUGUCUCGACCCCUAUUUGCAAACUUCAGUUUUUGCAUGUUUCUCUC